AUGCUUAAUUUUAGUUAUUCGUUUAAUAGAGCAAAACGUCGCUCUAAUGACAUAAACGACAGCUCGCAUCCUUAUUCACCGAAGAAUAUAUUUCAUAGGAGAUCAGACUCGAUUGAUGAUGGAUACUUUCCUAAAAACGCAGAAUUCCAAAGGAAAUCUGAAGGCAGCGACACUUUAAAUUCUGAUUUCCGUGAAGGCUCUAGUUAUUCGGCUCCGGAUUCACCUACAGGUUUGAACCGAUAUAAUAACAGUGCAAAUACCUCUAUUGAUUCCCAGCCAGUUAUAGACUUGAAUGAUGUGCAGAAAGAGACUUCGAAGUUCAAGAGGAGCUUGAGCUAUCCAUCUCAAAGUGUUUACAAUGGGCGCAAUGCUGGGGAAUAUUAUAUAAGAGGAUAUUCCACGGGAGAUCAUAUCCCUAAUUAUAGUUCCCAGGCUAGAAAUAGUGAAUAUGCCUAUGUUCUUUCAGGACGUGACCAGAUUUCAGUCAUGAACAAGGCUGGUAUUCCAGUGCAUGAUUUAAAUGUUAAAUCAAAGAAGCAACAAGAUCUACUUCAUGAGCCAGAUAAGGCAAAACAUUUGGAACCAGGAGAUCUUGAUAUAGAUGAGAUACUUUUUGCUGGACAACUCGCCUUUGAAAAAGAUGGAAGUAUCAAACAGAGAUCAGCUACAAAAAUUCGCUUUCUUCCUGAAGCAUCGGAGGAAUUGCUUUCUAGACUUCAAUUAAAAAAUGCUGGCAUUAUUGAUGUUUCGGGUAGAAAUAAGAAAGAAGAAGAAGAUGAAGAAGAAGAAGAUGAUGAUGAUGAAAAUGAGGAUAAUUAUAAUAAUGUAUUUGAUAGCAAACAAAUACGAGAUAGACGCAUAAAAGAUGGUCGUAAGAAGAUGACGUUCAUAUCAAAGACAAUAUCGAAAUUAAGCCCUGGUUUUUAG